CUUUUCACCAAAUUAUUAUUACCAAAAAUUAAAGCCUCGCAACCAGCACGUAUAGUAAAUCUUAGUAGUCUUGCCCAUAGAUUGGUUCCUGAGAGAGGAAUUGAAUUCGAGAAAUUAAAUGACCCAAUUGCAUUUGAUUCAAUGCCUCGUUAUGCUCAAUCAAAACUUGCAAAUAUUUUAUUUACUGACGAAUUGAAUAAACGAUAUCUUGAAGGCGAACAAUCCAGAAUCGAAGAGAAAAAUUAUCUUGUAAAUUAUUUUGAACCAUUUGGCAACGAAAGUGAACGAUCAACAUUUGCUGAAGAUGACGAUUUAACUAAAAGGCUUUGGAAAUUUACCGAGAAUUUGAUUUGA